AUGCCGAGUGGUGGACAAAGAAAGCACACAAUUUCGAAUAAAACUCGCAAGCGUCCAGGCAAAGAUUUGGAUCAGAUCCACGAAGACUUGAAACCCGAAAAAGCAGCGAAGCUUCUUCAACAAGAGGUCGAUUAUGAUCUUCCUGGAAACGGACAGUUUUACUGUAUUGAGUGCGAACGGCAUUUCAUCGACGAGAAAACUCGACAGCUUCAUCGCAAAACGAAACUGCACAAAAAUCGUGUGAAAUCUUUGAAAGAGGUUCCAUACACCCAGGCAGAAGCCAAUGCCGCUGGCGGCUCUGGCUUCUUUCCUGCGGUCACUCUGAAAAGCCGAAUGGAACUGCCGAAACAACCGGAAAUAUCUGUUGAAAUUGGGGAGUGA